UGUUUGGAUUUAAAUCUUUAGAUCAUAUUAAACGGAACAAUACGAACAAUUUUUGAAGCCAACAUAACUGUUGGACCUCAGUGAUACGUGCAUGCGCGUGGCUCUUAUCAUUAAUGUUUGGCCCGGAUUAAUAUAAUAUGAUAAGCAGUUGCGCAAACGCAGAUGUCACAGGUUCUGUAGUGCCUAACGAACGUCGAUUACAAAUAUUUACGCAGGUAAACGUUUCGUUCGAAAUAAUGCGGAUAACGUACAUUUUGUUCGUUCGAUUUCCUUACGCAGUUUUCGAGAAUAGACCCGCUGGGGUCCAGUAUAUCUUAGUCCAUGCUUUUCAGUCUAUUUAACAGUUAUUGUAGACUGUUGCCAUUAUCAAAUAUCAUUUGCCUCAUGAGUUAUGACAAAUUUGAUGAUAAACAUAAUGAAUAUUCCCAUGACUAAGAAUAGUUUUUUAACUAACUUAAUUCAUGAAUAGUUCGUCGUUGUUUGCCUUUGCGCAUUGAACUCGGAUAUCUGAUCUAUCGAGAACUGUCUGUUUUCUUUUCAUCGUCUGCUAACUGACGAAGAGACCAUUCAUCAGUCCCGUCGUGGAUUCGUCCCAACUGUGUGACACAACUCAAGACGCCGAUCGUACGUCUGUUUUUAUUUGUACGUCAGAAAAAUGAAUAAAACCAUCAAAAUAGAUCCACAAGAUGCAUACUCAAGUUCAUCAGACAAAUCUCCAAUCACUAUUCUAAAUGAAUAUGCAGCCCAAAAUCACCUUGUUGUUCCUCAUUACAGUCUCAUACACGAUGGUUCUUCACUAAGUAUAGUUAGCUUUAAAUAUAGUGUGAAUCUGGAUAAAUUUGUAGCUGAGGGCAAAGGGUCUUCCAAAAAAGAAGCCAAACAAUUGGCAGCCUCAAAUCUUCUUAAAAAAAUUAUCAAUGAUAAACCCCAGUUAUUGAAUUCUGAUUUUAAGGAGUGCGCGAUCUCUUCAUACGGUAACAAUAUUAAACUAAACACUUUUUUUACAAAAAAGAAUAAAACCAUUAAAGUAGAUCAACAAGAUAUGUCUGCAUACUCAAUUUUAUCAAACAAACAUCCAGUCGCCAUUGUAAAUGAAUAUGCAACCAAAAAUCACUUUGUUCCUCAUUACAAUCUCAUAUAUGAUGGUUCUUCACUAAAUAUAGCCAGCUUUAAGUAUAGUGUGAAUCUGGAUAAAAUUGUAGCUGAGGGCGAAGGGUUUUCAAAAAGAGAAGCCAAGCUAUGGGCAGCCACAAAUCUUCUUAAAAAGAUUUUCAAUGAUAAACCCCAGUUAUUGAAUACUGAUUUUAAUGAGUGUGCGAUCUCUCCAUAUGAUAAAAAUAUUAAACUAAACGCUUUUUUUACAAAAAUGAAUAAAGCCAAUGAAGUAGAUCAACAAGAUACGCAUGUAGACUCAAGUUUAUCAAACAAACAGCCAGUCACUAUUCUAAAUGAAUAUGCAACCAAAAAUCACCUUGUUCCUCAUUACAAUCUCAUAUAUGAUGGUUCUUCAUUAAAUAUAGCCAGCUUUAAGUAUAGUGUGAAUCUGGAUAAAUUUGUAGCUGAGGGCGAAGCAACUUCCAAAAAAGAAGCCAAGCAUUUGGCAGCCUCAAAUCUUCUUAAAAAAAUUAUCAAUGAUAAACCCCAGUUAUUGAAUACUGAUUUUAAGAAGUGCGCGAUCUCUUCAUACGGUAACAAUAUUAAAGUAAACUAUAUUGGACAAUUGGAAAAUAUCGUUGUAGAAAAGUGUCAGAACAUAUCAGGAUCAAUACAAGCCUUGGAAAAGCUCAAUACGUUUAAAACAUGGCCGAUAAAAAAAUCUAUAACCAAGCAUCCAACCUGCGAAGAUUAUCAUGUGGUUUUAAAAAAAACUGAAUGGAAACAAUCAGAUACAUUAAAUAUGAUUGUUAAUCAGUAUACAAAAAAUGAUGAAUUAGAUUUACCUGAACCUUUUAACAUUUUAAAGAAAAUUAUCGCCGAACAUAAAAAUAUGCACUUUAAUUCAAGAAUUGAAAAGCUUAAAUUGGAUUCUAAUAACUAUUAUUAUUCGUGUACUUUUGUUUUAACUGAUGUAUACCCUAAUGUUUACGGUUGGGGUGUGGAUACAAAUUCUGAAAUGGCUCAACAUAUUGCUGUAAAACAGUUGCUCAUUAAUAUUUGUAUAUUAUUAAAAUAAAAACAUUUGUUUUCUUUUUA